CACCGUCCACAGCCAGGUACAAAGCGCCACCGAGACGAUGAUUUUGUUGUAUAUGCCACGUGUUUUAAAUAUUUAUUCACGUGCACAACCGACGAACUCAGCUCAACCCGGAUCGCUCCGGCGGGCGGCUGGUGUGAUAACCGACUCCGCCUCUUCUCCCAAAGUAUAAAUUGUACUCACGCAGCCGAUAGAGCGUAAAACGAGAGACUGGAGAGGAGACCAUUACCAACGAAAAGAAAUAGGUCAAUAAUCUCAGACAUGGGAGACCAGAUGCGCUAUGCCAUCAGUGUCCGGAUUAUUGGAGUGAUGCAUAAAAAGGCAUCUAAAAUCAAGAUGUUUAUGACCUCUGUUCUGUGGUCUGAUGAGAGUGAAGUCAUUGUCUACAGAUCAUUAUUGGAUUUUAAGGAGUUUCACAGGCAAUUGAAGAAGAGGUUUCCCCUUGAGAAUCCUUUCCGCAAGAGAGACAGAGUGAUUCCCAAAUUCAGAGCCAUAGCUAUGAGGAGAAAGAUCCAGAAGAAGGAUCCUAGUUGGUCAAUGCGUCGGAUGAAUUUACUGGAAAACUACUGUAGCGAGCUGCUCAGGUGUGACCCCGUGGUGAGCUGCAGUUCAGAGGUCACCCAGUUCUUCAUGCCCAAAGACCACGACCUGCAGGCAGACUUCACCAAAAACAGCGUCAUGAUCCUACCAUCGGGGGAUGGGCUGGAGGACAUGAGCGGGCAGCGUCUGAGCCUGGGCAACGUGACACACCCUUUUGUGAGCCAGUCUUACUGCUGUGUGGGGCCCUACAACACCAAGGAUACUAAGAACAGGCCCUUUAAAGUGGCCUUGGAUGAGAGGCUGGAUGUGCUCAUCAAAGACCCAGCAGGCUGGUGGCUGGUGGAGAACGAGGACAAACAGUUGGCCUGGUUCCCUGCUCCUUACCUAGAGAUGUGUGAGGCAGAGAAGGAUGGAGAUGAAUUGGAUGUAAUUCCCUUGGGGGGAACUCUCUACUGCGCUGUGAGGAGUUACUCCACUAAGAAGCAUGACGAGGUGCCUGUUCCUAUUGGCUCUGUGGUCGAGGUGCUGAGGAAAUCAGACGACGGAUGGUGGCUCAUCAGGUAUAAAGGCAGAACGGGCUACUCUCCCUCCAUGUACCUGCAGCCUUACAACAACCCACGUGCUGGCCUCCACAACCUGCAGAGAAAGCUGCACAGCUCCUCUCUCAAUCUGGCAACCCACAUGGACAGCUCUACUCUCAACUUGGCAUCCAGCAGAGACAGCCAAUCUGGCAACUGUUACCCACCCACACUGUAUGAGGAGACAGGGCUGCAGCAGCACACAUCAACCCAGACCAGGGAUGAUCCGUACCGGGCCUCCUGUCUCCAGAAGACCCGCUCUCUGGAGCUCCUGUCUGAGACCCGUCCCGACAUGGCCGUCCCUCCAUCCCAAAGAGAGAGAGAAGACCUUGAGUCAAAUCCGGAUCCAGCAAUCCGCAAGAGCAGCAUCAGCUGGACCAAGUCCUCCAACUCUGACAUCAGCUCGUCAGGCAGGAAUGUCAGGACGUCUUCUUCCAGCUGCAGUGAGGAGGAGCCCCAGAGCCCCCCAAACAGCCCCAGGUCUUCACCCAAGCUAAGGGAGAGCAACAAUGGCUGCAGCAUCCCAGAAAAGAGUCUGUCAUCCAGCCCUAUCUCCAGGUAUGAGACUGGGUCCUGUAAGAUGCCUACCACUGCACCCAGGGUGCCCCCGCGACCCAGGGCCCAGGAGAUCCUGACCCGGUGUACCACCAUGACCCGCAAGGCUGCCUUGGCCUCCAGAGGGAGGCUGUUCUCCCUGCAGGACCCCGUCCAGACCCACUAGAAAGGCUGGGAGUGGUGGCGGGGGAACUGGGAGAUGAGGUUAGGGUUAUGGGGAACUGUGGGUGGUGGAGAGUGGGGUUUUUGGGGUUACACUAUUCUCUCCAGGUUGACUUUACAUGAAGCACAGUACUUUGAGUAUGGCUUGCAAUACUAGGGUUACAUUAGCAUACAAAUGCCUAUUCUGUAUGUUACGUUAACCAUAAUUCCAUCCAACCAUUUUUAUACGAGUAAAGUACCUGUUGAAUAAAAAAAUCACUACAGGACUGAUGGAAACGGUAUAAUUUUUUGUAAACUUUCUAAAUCUUGACAGAACAAAAUACUUAAAACAGGGGAAUAAGUUUUUGUCUGUGAAAUACACUCCAUGGCCAAAAGUAUGUGAACAACUGCUUGUCGAACAUCUCCUUCCAAAAUCAUGGUCAUUAAUAUGGAGUUGGUCCCCCCUCUGUUUCUUUACCAGCCUCCACUCUUCUGGGAAGGCUUUC